GAAAACGAGAAGGCAAGAUCUCUGUACAUUUAGAAACCCCCUGAAAGAAGAGCUCUUCAAACUAUGGAGUGAAGUCUGAGAGGUUUGAAACAUAAGAAAUGGCAGGAACAACUGAGCUCGGAUUGAUUUUUACCUUACUGCUCUCAGGGAGCUUCUGUGCGACGCCGGAAAAGAAAGUGUGUCAGGGAACGAACAUCAAACUGGCCCUCCUGGGAACAGUGGAUGACCAUUAUCAGAUCCUGGUAAAAAUGUACAGCAACUGCACCGUGGUUCUGGAAAACCUGGAAAUCACAUAUAUGACAGAAAACCAUGACUUGUCUUUUCUCAGGAGCAUCCAAGAAGUUGGUGGGUAUGUUCUUAUUGGGGUCAACUCGGCUCCCAGCAUCCCCCUUGAGAAUCUGCGCAUCAUUCGUGGCCACUCCCUUUAUAAUGACAGUUUUGCCUUGGCCGUCCUACUAAACUCCAAGAACAGCAUGGGAUUGAAUCAGUUACCACUAACUAGCUUAACUGAAAUACUGAAGGGUGGAAUAAAAUUUAUCAGUAACAGUCAUUUGUGUAAUGUGGAGACCAUCCAGUGGACUGAUAUUCUGAACAUGAAGAGCCAUCCUAAAAUUAUAAAGCCGGAAACAAACUUGGCAAGAUUCUGUGAGAAGUGUGACCCAAGCUGUCACAAUGGUUCCUGUUGGGGCCCUGGCCCUCAAAACUGCCAAACAAUGACUAAGGUGAUCUGUGCGGAGCAGUGCUCGGGCAGGUGUAAAGGACUCAACCCUAUAGACUGCUGUAAUGAACAUUGUGCUGCUGGCUGCACUGGACCCAAACCAACCGACUGCCUGGCCUGUAAGGACAUCCAGGAUGAAGGGACAUGUAAGGACGCAUGUCCACGGCUCAUGCUCUACGACCCCAGCACCCACCAGCUCGCUCCCAACCCCGACGGGAAGUACAGCUUUGGGGCAACGUGUAUCAAGACAUGUCCACAUAACUAUGUCGUGACAGAUGGGGCAUGUGUGAGAACAUGCAGCCCUGGCACCUAUGAGGUGGAUGAGGGUGGAGUUCGGAAAUGUAAGAAGUGUGAUGGCCUGUGUCCAAAAGUUUGCAAUGGGCUUGGAAUGGGGCCUUUGACCGAUGUCCUGUCAAUCAAUGCCAGCAACAUCGACUCCUUUGAGAACUGCACAAAAAUCAACGGAGGUGUUUCAAUCCUCACCACAACAUUCAAGGGUGACCUGCAUACUAAAACUCCAGAACUGGACCCAGUCAAGCUCAACGUGUUCAGAACUGUAAAAGAAAUCACUGGCUUCCUGAUAAUUAAGCAGUGGCCGACAAACAUGUUAUCCCUCAGCGCCUUUGAAAACCUUGAGGUCAUCCUUGGACGGACAAAAAAGCAAGGUACAUACAGCUUUGCUGUCACCAAAACUGAAAUCACACAUUUCGGCCUGCGGUCCCUGAGGGAGAUCAGUGAUGGUGACGUGAGCAUCCAUACGAACAAGAAUCUCUGCUACACCAGCCCUGAACACUGGAAACGCCUCUUCAAAUCUAAAGAUCAGAUUGUCAAAAUGUCAGCAAAUGCUGAUGCUGCCACCUGUGCGAAUCAGAGCAGCACGUGUGAUGAGAUGUGCACGACUGAUGGCUGCUGGGGUCCUGGUCCCACUAUGUGCUUCAUCUGUAAGCAUUACAGCCGUAGAAAACACUGUGUGGCUUCCUGUAACCUACUGGCUGGUGAGCCACGUGAAUAUGAGGUCAACAAAACAUGUGUGGAUUGUGACCCUGAAUGUCUGCUCAUGAGUGCAACUCUGACCUGCACCGGCCCUGGACCCGACAAAUGUACAGUCUGUGCUAACUACAAAGAUGGGCCGCACUGUGUGCCACGCUGCCCGCAAGGCGUACCGGGAGAGAAAGACAUACUCAUUUGGAAAUAUGCUGACGAGAUGCGCGUGUGCCAGUCCUGUCAUGAGAACUGCACCCAGGGGUGAGAGAGGCUUCAUA